AUGGCAGACCAAGAGAACACUGAGGAGCUAGCAGCUCCUUCUGCUGAGGAGAGCACAGCCACUGUCACGGCCCCUGAGGCCGAGCAGACAGACACAUGGAGGAUAGAGGUGGUGUCUGUGACUGAUGAGGACCUCCCGACGGUCGAUACUCCGACCACAUUGAAUGUCAGUUCCCUCGACAGCCCCAAUGACACCCCUCUACCUGAAACUGCCAAACCUGAACCCACCACUGAGCCCAAAGCCCCGGCCCCUGCCCCACCAAGUCCAGCCAUGCCAAUCACUAAGGUCCAGCCUUUCAUGAAUGAGGAGAAGACAUGGUGUGGCCGGUUGGUGGCUCGCAGGAUGGAGCUGCUGAUCGGAGCGUUGGUCCUCAUGGUGGUUAUUCUCAUGCUGGGCAUUGGGCUGGGAGUGGGUCUUAGCUGUGUGGGUAAGUUCCGCUGUGGUACGUCCUCUCGCUGCAUCAGUGGCUCAGCGCAGUGUGACGGGGUGAUGGACUGUGAGAAUGGGGAGGACGAGCUAAGCUGUGUGCGUUUGAGUGGAAAGAGUUCAGUGCUCCAGGUGCUGAGUGGAGGUGUGUGGAGGACUGUCUGCGCUGAAGACUGGAACCCUGCUCUGGGCCUUUCUGCCUGCAAGCAGCUGGGCUACUCCAGGUAUGUGGAGUCCCGCUCCCUCCCCCUCGCUGCUAUAGAGCAGGACUUCCAGCAUAACCUGGUGUCAAUCAACCUGAGCCAGUCGGGCCAACAGGCCAUCAAGAUUCACAACGCCACCAGCCUCAGUAAGACUCAAUGCAGCUCAGGGACGGUGACCACAAUCAAAUGCCUGGAGUGCGGCUCCAGACCCCAGUUCAGCAGUCGUAUUGUUGGGGGUAAUGUCUCAGCACCGGGCCAGUUCCCCUGGCAGGUGAGCCUACACUUCCAGAGUGAACACUUGUGUGGAGGCUCUGUCGUAGCAGACAGCUGGAUACUGACAGCUGCACACUGCGUGUAUGGGUUUGCGUUCCCCUCACUGUGGGCAGUGCAUGUAGGGUUGACAGAGCAGCCGGUGAAUGGGGCUCAGGCUCUGGCAGUACAGAAGAUUAUUUACCAUGGCCGCUACCGGCCCAAAGCUCUAGACUAUGACAUCGCUCUGAUGAAGCUGGCUGAGCCACUCACCUUUAACGGUCUAGUGGAGCCCAUCUGCCUACCUAACUUUGGGGAGGACUUUGAGGAUGGGACCAUGUGUUGGAUCUCAGGCUGGGGGGCCACUUCAGAUGGGGGUGACGCUAGUGAUUCGUUGCUCUCUGCCCGGGUCCCACUCAUCUCCUCUAAGGCGUGCAGCACGCCAGGGGUCUACCAGGGCUACAUCUCCCCCGGGAUGAUCUGUGCAGGUUACCUGGAGGGAGGAACAGACUCCUGCCAGGGAGACAGCGGGGGACCUCUGGCAUGUGAGGACUCUGGUGUGUGGAAACUGGUGGGGGCCACUAGCUGGGGCCAGGGCUGUGCUGAUAGGAACAAGCCUGGGGUGUACACCCGCGUCACCCAGUCCCUCAAGUGGAUCCACCAACAGAUGGAGAAAGAAGAGGAGCUGAACCCCUCGGAAGUUAGUACGGACAACUGA